GUGUGUGUGGGCGAGCAGAGGUAAGCUGGGACUGCAUCUCUCUCUCUUGCUCUGUUGACACCUCCGCAGAUUCAGCGUGAAGCUGGGAGAGAGAGAGAGAAAGCAACUCAGACAUGCAGACUGCACGAACAGAAAGAUGAGGACAGAGGGAGUGAGAGAGAAAGGAGCGAAAGAGGCUGAAGAUAUAUUUGACCGUGUGGGUGUGUGAAGUCUCGAGGCAUGCAUCAUAAUUGUGGCUUCUUCUUCCUCUUCUUCUCCUCGGAGCAGCUGGACAAGUCACUACAUCAGCAAGACGCUGGAGGUCUUUCAAAGUGUGCUGUCGUACUUUUAAGCAGUCAGAGCUGAAAGAAAAGGCAGCAACAAAAUGGAAACCGCUUUGUUUCUGCUGCCUCCAGGACUUCACUAAGUGAGAAUCUGAAAACACUCAAGAGAGACUAAAGUCAUGUCAAAUAAUGAUGUGCGGGAAAUGAUGAUAUAUCUGCGCUGUGAGUAACCCAGAAUUCAAGUCAAGAAUUUGUCUGAGCUUUCUGUAUCAAGAUGGCCGUCAGCCCUUUUGUCAUCUGCCUCCUGACUUUGAUCAGUUGCAGCUCGUCUCAACCCACUCCCCCACCUCCCCGAGGAUGCAGCGUGGGCGUGGAAGCCCCCUACAGAGUGCUGUGUGACCUAGAGGCGGUCUGGGGCGUUGUCCUUGAGGCCGUGGCCUGCAGCGGCGGCCUCACCUCUUUGGUUCUUGCKGUGUUGCUCAUCGUCAAGCUGCGCGGGGUUUCCGACCCGGCCAGGCGCUCCGGCCUGGGCCCUCUGCUCCUGCUCCUGGGGACUCUCCUCGGGAUCUUCACCAUCUCUCUGGCUUUCUUGGUGGGGAAGACCCAGGUGCUCUGCGUGGUGCGCAGGGCCUUUUGGGGACCCCUCUUUGCCCUCUGCUUCUCCUGCUUACUAGUGCAAGGUGUGAGACUCAGGCGGCUGGUGGCUGGGAAGUCGAGCCCCACUGGGAGCACGCUGGCAGCGCUGGGACUGGCGUUGGCUUUGGUUCAGGGGAUAAUCUCUGCUGAAUGGGUUCUGUUGACUGUYGUGAGAGAGGGUCACCCAGCAUGCGAGUAUCCUCCCUUAGACUUUGCUCUGAUGUGCAGCUACACUCUGGGCCUGCUCCUCAUAGCCAUGGGUCUCUCCCUCGGAGUGGUGCUCUGCGGAGGAGAGUUCGGAGAAGACGGCGGAGAGGGCAGAGAAGAAGACAGAGAAGGAGAGACAGAGAAGCGACGAUGGAAGUGCAAUGCCGUCUGGGUCUUCCUGUCCAGUUUGGCGUCCGCAUUGCUUUGGGUGGCCUGGCUGGGGUUUUAUCUUUACGGCAACCAGGCGUUGAGAGGGAGAGGGAGCAGGGAAAGAGGAGGAAACAAGGAUGCAAAAGUGUUGGAUGAGCCUGCGCUGGCUGUGGCCUUGGUGAUCCAGGGCUGGAUCCUGCUGCUGUUCCACGCCAUCCCAGAGUCCCACCUGUGUCUCCAAAAUCCAACGCAAUCCGACACGCAAGAUUUCUUCGACACCGGCCGCGCGUCGCCGGCUCCUCAUUUCGGAGACGAUCACCCYGCACAUUCUCACCAGUCCUUUCAAGAAAACCAGGCCUUCUCAAUGGAGGAGCACAGUGCAACUGUCCGAAGUGGAACGUACCACGGCAGCCAUGGCAGCAUGCGCCCAGGCAUCGCCUUCAGAGGCCAUGUCUACCAACCCACUGAGAUGGCUUUGGUCAUGAACGGCGGUACGAUGCCCACAGCUCCCAUUAACUACACUGGAAGGCGCUUAUGGUAACACAAKACAGGAUUACAGUCAAGCCACUUUUGUGAUGCCGAAGAGCUUCCCGUUACCUAAGAAGAAGAAGAAGUGUUUUAAUGUGUUUGUGUUUCUGCACACACGUUUUAAUAUUAUAUUUAAAAGACGACUACAAAUAGUAUUUCAGACUAACGUUUUAGCUUAUUUUACAGAUCGAUUUGACGGCACGACAUUAAGACGAGGAUGGAGCGUAGUGGCCAUAUUUACACAGAGGAAUAAUAYAGAAAUAUGAGGAAAAARAUUUAUCUGAACGAGAAUUACUGAACAUGUUGAAUCUGAACAUGUGAAAGAAAGUCAACCUUAAUGUCGUGAAGUAAAAAUACYAUCCAAGCACCUCGGCACCAGUGCCAUGGCAACUGGUUUCUGUUAAUAAGUGACGCUUAGUUUGAUAAACUGCACUUUCGUCAAACUCAGCCUUUUAGGACUUUAAUGUAAAUGACAAGCAGAUGCCUACAAAGCUUGCUUAACCUCCGUGUUGUGUUUCAGGGUUUUUCUCUUAGUGACCUUCUGACUCGCUGGGACACU